GUCGUCGUAGAGUCCCCAGUUCCGGCCAGCUCAAAAACAUAAGUUCCUUCCUAUUGUCAGUCGCAGACCAGCAGCAGAAGAACCACGGCCAUAGCAGCGCAAACGAACAGGGAAGCCAAGCAACUCAUCAUGGUACAGAUUUCGCAGACAGAGGAGGACAUCAAGAUCUCCAUCGAACUCAAUCGUCUGGUAACCCGCAAGCCGGACGUUGUUCUCCUUCCGCAGUACUUAAAGUUCAACAAUCCACCCAUCUUCUUUGAGCGUCAUCUGGCCCAGGAGAUCGACGAGAUGGCCAGCUUUUGUCGCAUUUUUAAGAACGAAGCCCGCAUUGUGCUGGUUAAGAAAGAGAAGGGCUUAUGGCCUGAGAUGUUCCAGAAGCUGGACAAGGAGGCACUCAUGCAGAAGCGCCUAGAGAUCGCCGACCUCAUCGUGGAGCGCAACAAGAAGCGGGAUGAAAAGGCACUGGAACGUUACGAUAACAAGCGGCGGGCGGAGAUCCAGAAGGAGAUCCAGCGGGAGACAGAUAUGCGCGAGCGUGUGAAGCAGUUCCAGGAGAACUCGGUGCGCGAAGCUCUGGUAGUGGAUGUACGCAAGGAGGCGAAAGCUACGCCCAAGCCAGAUACACUGCAGUAUCCGCCAUCGUCGGGAGGCGCCAGUCGCCUGGCCACGCCCCUCAUGCGUCCGCCCAUGAGCUCCGUUCGUGGCAGCGGACGGAUCAACGUAAACUUCACCACACAGCACAAGCGGGUCACGCCGAAGCGGGAGUCGCAGGCCGCUAUGGAGAAGGCAUAUGCCGCCGCCGGUGGACCCAAUGCGAAUGUCCAGUCGCCGAUGGAGAGCGUCGAUGAAUAAGCGUUACAUGUCAAUUAGCGCGUGCGUGCGAGACUGUGCUAAUAUUCCUAUUUUAUUAUUGCAUCAAAUAAAUCUACAGGUGUUUGUUUAGUUGAAUCAGC